UAAAACUACACUGCGGAAGUAAAUGUGUGCCAUGCGAGCGUUGUUGUUUCUAACAGGCGUGGAACACUUCGGGGGUGUUUAUGGAAUUUAACGCCCAUUCAAAAUAUGGUUUAAGGUGCACUGUGCGAGCAUGGAUAGUUACAAUGUACUGCGUGUGAUCGGCGAAGGCUCAUUCGGUCGCGCACUCCUGGUUCAGCCCAAAGAUGACAGCGGUCAAUACGUGGUCAAAGAGAUCCGGCUACCCAAGACUCAUUCCGGGCAAGAGAGCUCUAGAACGGAAGCGGUACUUCUCUCCAGACUGAAGCACACUAACAUCGUUGCCUUCAGAGAGUCAUUUGAAGCUGAUGGCCAUCUGUACAUUGUUAUGGAAUACUGUGCUCGGGGAGAUCUUCUGCAGAGGAUCAAGCAGCAGAAGAGCACUCUGUUCUCUGUGGAUGUGGUCCUCAGGUGGUUUGCUCAGAUGUGUUUGGGUGCGAAACACAUCCACGACAAGCGCGUGCUACACAGGGACCUGAAAUCCAAGAAUAUUUUCCUCACGGAUAAUGGAACUAUCAAACUGGGGGACUUCGGUUCGGCUUGUGUCUUGAACAGCUCAAAGGCCUAUGCUUACUCCUAUGUGGGAACCCCUUACUACGUGUCUCCCGAGAUUUGGGACAGCAGACCCUACAAUAAUAAGAGUGAUGUAUGGUCCCUUGGCUGCGUCCUGUACGAACUCUGCACCCUGCGUCACCCGUUCCAAGCACGGAGUUGGAAGAGCCUGAUUUUGAAGGUGUGUCGGGGUGCCUACCCCCCUUUACCCAAUCACCUGCCGUACGAGCUGCACUACCUGCUCAAGCAGAUGUUCAAGACCAACCCCCGGGACCGGCCUUCGCUCAACACCAUCCUCACCUCGCACCGCAUCUCCAGGCUCCUGCAGAAACACCUGCCCCCCCAGCAACUACAGAGAGAAGCUCCAAGCAGAUGGAAGAAGGAGGAAGGAGAAAGAGUUGCCGUGUUCCUUGGACAGAAGAGUCUCAUCGAGACAGCCUCUUCAGUUGGAGGGUCAAUGCAGGAAGCGCAGUCUGGACACGAGCGGGAACGCUCACGCAGGAAAUGGGCGGGAGGCCCGCCCAACACGGUGAUGCAGGUCCUGGAGAAUGCUGACAUCAUUUCCUCCCCCAGCAUGGCCUCCGGGAGCAGCUUUGACUCCAGCGCAGGGGGCGCUCUUCCUGGGACACAGCGGGCCUCCCCCCGCCGGCAGUGGGACAGGGGAACCCCUGAUAGGCUCCUGACUCUGCUGGACAAAGCAUAUCAGGGCAUGGCAUCCAGAACUUACACGGUGCACAAGACGGAUGUUGAGCAUCCCCUGAUGGGACCCCUGUCCAAAGCAGGGGCUGACGCCAUAGACGGACCCAAAGAGGACACAGUGGACGAGUCCAGGCUAGAGCCUCGCUCUGACGAUGAAGACACGGACUUUGAAGAAGAAUGGCCUUGUGACUUGGUGGUGGAGCUGGAGAAAAUGGGCACGGAAGACUGAUCUCCAUACACUCUAUAUGUCCGCAAAAAGAGGCUAUUGCUUUUUCCAUGUCAGAUCCAUCUAUGGUGCUGUAAAGUCUUUGAAGUGGGGGCCAAAUCACUUGCUUUAAAUUAUGUCAUAAGGUUUUUUUUUUUUUGUUUUUUUUUUAAUUAACUUGAAAUUCAAAUUUUGGAAUAGAUUGGAAGUGUACAUAAUGUAUAUUUUGCCUGAUAUUUAAACGAUUAAUUAAUUUUAUGUGACUAAACUUUUAAUAAAUAUUUAUUAGG